GGAGAGUUAAGAGAAGAAUUAACGAAAUUCUUAGGAUUCUUUGCCUUAAGCUUUUGCUUUGGUUGUUGGUGCUGUUUUUGUUGUAAUGGAAAAUGCUUCAGGUUUUUCCAAAAAAUUUUUAUUAAAUUUUAUUUAAGGUGUUUCUACUUUUUGAAUCCAAAAAGGUGGAGGCUUGGACAUUGGUGGGCCAUCUUUAUUGGACAUCAAUUCAUUCAUACGAAAACUGAAAGACAAACAAGUUAAUGUUUAAUAUCUGAAAUAUUUUCUAAACCCUGAUAUAAAACCAGAUGUAACACAAAAUGGCCAAGAGGAACAUUUAAAUCUGAAAGAUCUUUCAACAAUGGAAAAUAGAAGGAACCAUAUCAAUGAUGUUGAAAAUGGUAAUGCAAUAAAGAAUAACAGUAGAGCAGGGCAAAAAAUCAACAGAAUAUCUGAAACAGAUUUUGAUAUAGAGAGGCGGGUAUCUCCCAUUUUUAUGAGCUCUAAUUUAUCGGAAGCAAUGGAAGAAAAUAAUGAAACAGAAGACGAAAUUAAUCAAAAGCCUUUAAGCUUUGUAGCAUCAUCAGAAAACAAAGAAAGUUGGAGAGAAAAUAAGGUGAAACCUGGGUUGAUUACAACCCACAAAAUCCUAUUCAUUUUUAAUUAG